GUCAGUGUAGCAUUCAAGCUUCUCAUUUGUAGCAGUCAAUUUAAAUCAAUUUCAUUCAAAAAGUCAGGUGAAUCUUCCUUUCUGUGUUUACAGGCUGUAUGUGAUUGAUGAUGAUCAGAGAUUUGGAAGUCAGUGAAUGAACUAUGGGAUUACAUUAGUGCAUCUUACACUGCUGAAAUAUUUUGUGAAUUUUUUCUGUGGAUUAUUUGGUGGGUACUGGAUGGAAGAGGAGAUAUAACGAGGGAUAACUGGUUAACCCAGUGUGUAGUUUGGCUGUAACAGAAGUGAUACUACUGUUUGAUCUACAGGGAUUACAGAAGAUUGUGGAGGUGAACUUUGAGGGUGACUCUCUUAUAAUGCUGAUCCUGGGAUUAAAAUAACUUCAGAAAGUUGUGAGGUUACAAGCCCAUCACCAUGGGAACCACAGCACGGGACCUCCUGGAUUUCCUGGAGGAGGCAGAGCUAUCCCAGUACUACUGUGCUCUGUCCUCGGAUCUAAAGAUUACCACGAUUCUUCAACUCAAGUAUGUGGAGGAGGAUGACCUAGUCGGAAUUGGAAUGACAAAACCAGAGAUGAGGCGUCUUAAAAGACACUACAAAAAAGAAUGUCCACAGGGGGCUCUCGGCAGACUGAAAAAGGCAAUCCUGUCCAAGACUGGUAGUGAUGGACUCGGAAGAUCACUUAGUCCAUCUCCACCGGAGAAUAGAGCAAAUAGGUCUUCAUCAAGGCUAUCCUCAUACAUGCGACCCCCCAGUAAACAGAUCAUCCCUGCAGACUCCAUCCUGAUCAACAAAACGCUUGGAGAAGGGGAGUUUGGUGUUGUACAACAAGGAGUUUGGACAACAGAGACUGGUGAAAAAGUCCAAGUUGCCAUUAAAUGCCUGAGCAAGGAGCGACUACAAAAUGGAACCACAGAGUUCCUCAAGGAAGCGGGUAUUAUGCAGACAAUUGACCAUGAAAAUAUUGUCCGCAUGUUUGGAGUCGUUCUUGACAAAGAAAACACCAUGAUGCUGGUGACAGAGUUAGCUCCCAUGCGGUCAUUGCUAGAGUGUCUGAAGGAACAGGCCUUGCGACUGGACUUUCCCCUUCCUCGUCUCUGUGACUUUGCCCAGCAGAUAUGUGAUGGCAUGACCUACUUGGAGAAUAAGCGAUUAAUACAUAGAGACUUAGCCGUCCGAAAUAUCCUGGUCUUCAGUAAAAAUAAGGUCAAAAUCAGUGAUUUUGGUUUGUCGCGAGCACUAGGUGUGGGCAAGGAUUACUACCAGAGCAACUUCAGCAUUAACCUUAAACUACCUAUAGCAUGGUGUGCUCCAGAGUGUAUCAAUUAUCUCAAGUUUACAUCAGCCAGUGAUGUUUGGGCAUUUGGUGUGACAAUGUGGGAACUGUUCAGUUAUGGCCUUCAGCCCUGGGCUAGUAUGACUGGUCAACAGAUCCUGGAAGCCAUUGACACACCAAAUGGUCAACGACUUGAGCGACCUGACCUCUGUCCAAAGGAAUACUAUGACCUUAUGUGUAAAUGUUGGGACCAUGAUACCGCCAAGCGGCCGACGUUCAAUGAUAUUUUUACUCAGUUACCAUUUAUGCGACCAGUCCAGAUGAAAGCCUUGAAAGAUUUCCCAGAAGUCACUGUACCAAGGGACUUCCUCUACUACAAGUCUUCUGAUAUAAUCUAUGUUAUUGAUAAGAGCCCAGCCAAUGCACCUUCCUUUGGCCUGUGCCGGGGAGUUUUAAAUAGUGGUAAAGCUGGCUUCUUUGAUCCUGUGAAUUGUACGCCAAUAGCAGAGACAAAACCUGAUAGUCCCAUCACGUCACUGCCUAAGCCUUCUAUCUCCAGAAAAGAAUCAAAGCGGAAUUCGAGUAGAAAAUUACGAGCAGAGAUGAUAAGUGGUCCAAAAAAUGACUUACGUCACACGGGUCAUAUUGGUUAUGAUGGUGCGGUGUUCGGGGAUGUGUCAUUUAUAGGCGACAACUAUGAUAAACUGCCGGUGAAUGUUGGCAGUGGUAGUGCAGGUGCAAAUUCUCCUGUUAUAGGUGAUAGGCUAUCGUCCUUCAGCCUUCACCGACAUAGUCCAGACGGCGAUCAUGCAGGUCUGUCACUGAACGGCGGUACUAAUGGCGUCGGCACAAAUGGCCUUGGACACUCUUGGAUAAGCCAAGAGUCAAUAGAUAGCACCUUCAAGGAUGAGAUGGAUGGAGACCGCACCCCUCAUUACCAGGAUAUAGAGGAUGAUUCACUCUUCGCAGACUUUAAGAUGCCCGAUAUUGGGUCUUCCUUUGAUUUCGGUGGCUCGUUUAUGGAUGAGGUGUUAAAGGCCUUAAAUGAGAAGGAAGCUAAGUUGGAUGCGUCUUCUCCUUCCGACUCCACCCCGUCACCUGACUCUCAAUUUCGCAACAGUUUCAACGACCGUAGUGGGUCCAUCUCUCCACCGUCUGUGAAGGAGUAUAAACACACCACACCACCCCCACUGCCUGCUCAACCUCCUAGAUCUGAGAUUAAGAAGGAACCCCCUAAACCAGAACCAAGGAAACAGGCAAAGGUCAAACCUAUGUCUGCUUCUGAGGAGAAAAUGAUGGAUGAUGCUAUUGCUUUGGCUAAUGAAUGUGCUGUUGUUUCAUCACAAAACCAGACAACAGAGACCCCCACCUCACCCACAGGACCUGAGAGGAUGCGCUCCGACUCAGAGAGUGGGUCAGAAUCCCCCAAGUUAAUCUCCAAGUUAAAGAACUCUUUUAAGAGAAGCCCCAAACUUGAGCGUAAACGAACUUUUUCUGAAGAAAUUGCUCACAAAGGGGAGAUCACUGAGGAUGUUCCUCCAGAGGCUCAGGAAGCAUACAAUAUUUUAGUGGUGCGUGGGUCUGUGAAAGAGGACCAGAGGAAGGAACGACCCAAGUAUCCAGCCCCUGUACCUGAGGCGAGGCCGUCAUGGGAAUCAAGGUCAGAGUCAAAACCAUCCUGGGAGUCAACAAAGCCGGUAGAUACCAAACACUCCUGGGAAUCAACAAGAACGUCAUCCGAAUCUAAGCAAACCUGGGAAACAUCUCGGAACACCUCUGAUUCUAGACCAUCAUGGGAGACCUCUCGGAAUACGUCUGAGACUAAGCCAUCAUGGGAGACCUCAAAAACCUCUACAGAUUCCAGGCCAUCAUGGGAAUCAAAGAGGGGUGUAACAAAUAGCUUUAGAAGUAAUGUACCUUUAGCCAGUACUGAGGAAGUGGAAUUAUUUGUUGACCUUGAUCCGAUAGAAAAAGUGGAACCUUCUCCACCUCGUCCUGUUCCUAAACCCCGUGUUGAAAUUCCAAAAAAAUAUGAGCCACCCGUCCCUUCACCAAAACAGAGGCCUGAGAUUCAUCGUGUAGAUCCCGUGCCUCGCCCACAACAACCACCCCCACGGAUCCCUGUGACCUCUGCUGUGGCUGACCUUCAGUGGGACCUCAACGAAAGUUUUGGGUCAAGUCAUAGUGUCGCAUCAAACCAGAGUUUUGGCAAAGAUAGUUCUCGCAGUGGUGGCUCAGAUGUUCUCCGGAUACAGGAGGAUCGGGAUGAGGUGUCGGAAAGGACAUCAGUUCGUAGUUCAGACUAUAGUGACUCAGAUGAUCCUAAACGACAUAAUGAAGUGUUACGGAUUGACUUACCAGACUCAACAGAGUAUAGCACUGACUCCUCAAGUACAAAAGAACUUCACAUAGAUGAGGCUCCACGAAGGGACUCUAGUUCUAAAUCUAGUAGCUUGUUUGACGAGGAGUUCAGUGAACCUUCCCCUCGGGAAAUAAUGAACAAGCUUGCUAGGGAGAGCCGUAUACGGCGCUCUCUGGACCACCAGCGUGGUGUUGUGGGAGACAUGGGUGAACCUGCUCCAAAUAGGAAUUUACGUGAACCCCAAGGGAUUCCUGGUAAGAGCAUGCCCACCAGUAACGGUGAUGAUGAGGAAGUGGAUACAAACCCUUUGCGGAUGUUACGUGGUGGAGCUAUUCCAAUUCGUGGAGGCCGGGCGGGACAAGGUAAUGCUCGACCCCCAAAUCGACCUCCUAAAUUACCAUAUAGAAAACCGCAGUUACACCAUUCUAUGAGUGUUGACUCUGGAAGCAACCAUGUGCAGCAUGUCAUUAAUUCUAGUUCAAUUUUAAAUGGGGACGAAGCCCCAAAUAGUCGUGUAAAUGGAUCUAGACCCCCUGCUGUCCCACCUAGGUCUUACAGUGUAAGUGGCGAUGGCAAAGGUCCCCGGAACGUAAUUCAAAACCCCCUUCCAUUGCCACCUAGGACCUCCGCGACACGAUCAGCGACCUUAAAUAAACCUCGGGAGCGGAAGUACCCGCUCUUGCUGGACGAUGCUGACGACUGCGGCAAUAACUUGGAAGGUCGCUUAUCAGCUCAGUCGUCUUGUGUUUUGCCACCGUCAUCAGCAGCUGCUGUCCGUGUAACCUCUACCUCCUCCUCCUCUUCUGUUGCAUGGGCUCCUGCCGUCCCGGCCCGACAGGGACGACCUUCUGACCUUGGGCGACCUUCUGACCUCCCCCCUGCCCCUCCUUUACCAACUCCCUCUCGAAAUGUAGAUGAAACAAGUGAUGAUUCCUCAGAAAGUGACGAUGAUAAUAUAAAUGAUAGUGUAUUUGAAAAUGAUUCUAGUCCUGUGAUACACAGAAGAAAUUCUUCUCAAAAUCAUAAUACUCCUAUGUGCCGAUCAGGCUCCUCAACAUUCCCUCGUGUGAAGUUCCGUCUAAAUCAUAACGUUAACUUGGAACAAUUAGGAUUUUAUAAUCGCCAUGAUCCAUUUUGGGUCAAGUCUUUAAUCUUGGCAGGGGAGAGAAUUUCAGAUAGGGAAGGCUCGGAAGAAAUCUCGCCCAUCAUGCUUGCUAACUACAAAUCAUCUGAUGGCGUGAGCUACGAAGAUUUGCUUGAUUUUGCAUUAGAUAGGGAGAAGAACUGCGAGGAAAUAGACACCAUGCAGAAAGUAUUUGGUAACGAGGUGACAGUCCAGGACUGUAUGUUUGCCUUGGAGGAGACUAAAUGGGAUGUCCAGCGUGCCAUCAAGUAUGUGAAACUGAAACAGCUGCUCAGUGCUCAGCUUGGUGAUGUCCACCUCUGCAAGGAAGCGCUGAUGACCUGUGACUGGGACGUGCAGCGUGCUGCCAACUUUAUGUUGUCUAGUCCGCUGCCUAGUCCUGAAUGUGUGGACGUGUGAUCCUGGAUAGACAGAACUUCUCCAGCUACACCAGAAGAACACCAGUCAGAAACAGUGUUGGUUUAUUAAAGCUAACAUUCACACUGUUAUGACAUUGACAAUUCUAAGGCAAAAUUCAACAAGGGGAGCAACUCUUAGUUGUACUUAAUGUGUUCCCUUGCAAUUCAAACGAGAGAAGCCAGCUACAAAUCAAGCUUUACUGUAGACAGGAUCAUAACAUUGUGAUCCUAAAAACUUUGGCAUGAGAUUUUUAAUAUUGUGUUCACCUAUUGAAAAGUGUUACAUUUAUCACAAAAAAAUUUCAUCGAAAUAUGAGGAAUGGAAUUAUUUUUUGCUGCUACUCUCAAAGACCAUGUCACUUCUCAGUCAUGUUCUGUGGACAUGAGGACUGCUUUAGUGCAAGUAGUCUGACCCAGCAUUUUGACUUUUCCUUGGAGUUAUAAUGGGCGAGUUCAAUUAGUCCAAUUGUACAGGUGUGUCUAUGCAGGAUCAGACCAUUCCUUAUCAUAGGGGUAGGUCAGAGUAGACACUCACCCAUCACCGUGGUGAAAGGUCAUCAUGCUGGUGAAGACUGAGGACGCCAUUGGAGCCUUGAUUUUCUACACAUACUCUUUACUAUUAUAUAAACAUGAGUGCAGAACUUCACUUGUGUACAGAUAUUUAAGACGAGUGUGUAGGAGACAUUUUGUGGGGAAUAUGUCAUCGCUUUUAAUACCUAUUAUGGAGGAGUGCUAAGAUAUUUCUUCCUUUCUGGAGAUAACUUCUUUCGUUUAAAUUUCAACUAUUGUGUAUUUUGUUGAUGUGAUGACCAAACCUUACAUUGAUUGAAUUCAUUGGUAAUCAGAGGUAAGAAAUAUAAGUCACCUUUGAUGCCACGCUCAAUACUUGUUUAUCCUUUUUUAACAGAGCUUGAUAAUGUGAAAAUGAUGUCACCAGAUCUGAGUGAAAGGAGAAGUCUUUCUGUUACUGUUCUAGAACAGUUUUGUUGUAUAGAAUUUCAUCUCAUGUAUACUUAUUCUGUAAAUCUUUCAAAGACUUCAAUUUUGAUGUCACAAAGGGAGAUAACAAGGAAUAUGAGGAAUUCUUUGUUUAAGUAUUUAUAGGAUAUUGGAGCUCGGUCACGGUAGAUUUUUAUCUUCCAUCAAUAAAUAUGUUGCUUUACUUUACUGAUAUAUUGUGUGGAGAAAGUGAUCAGAAGUCACCGUUAAAUCAUUUGAUUUCUGCGCGUGUAAAAGUCUAGUGCUAUCAAUCUGGUUUGUACCUCAUUAUAGAGACUCAUUGGACUUAAUGGUUUACUUGUUGUUGAGUUGAUUGUGGAGAAUGAAGUUGUGUGUAUAAAACAGGGGUCUUUUAGGCCUGUGGAAUUCUUACGUCAGGUGUCAUAUAAAAUGUCCGUACCUACCUGAUGAAUGUUCGUCACAUGUUUUUUCUUUAAAGAACACUCAUACAUCUGUUAAUGUCGGUGCUACAUGUGUUCUACAUGUACAGGUUAGUAUGAUCAAUUUUUUCAACAUUUAAUUAUGAAACAAACAAACUAGUGAUCAUUAAUAUAUAAAAUGCUUCCACACUGCCAUAAAACAUGUAUAGACUUGUCUUAGAAGUGUAUUUUGGUUUGAAAUUUACAGCAACUUUAUCAGAAAAUAAUUUAACUUCUGUUCCAGUUAUUUUGAGCUUAUAUUAUUUGCAAAUGUAAUCAAUGCAAAUUUGUUUUCUUUUUCAUAAAAAUGUUUCAAAUUAUAAAAACCAUGUAUACAUGUUUCAACUGGAUAGAAACUUUACAUUAUGAACCUGUGUUCAUAUAUGGAAUCAGAAAGGCAUAUAGGGAAAAUCAUAACGAUCUGUAAUAUACCCCUGUAAGAAAGGCCUGGAGACAAUUUAAACCUUACUGUAUAAGUUGUUAAGGUGGAGGAGUUACUUUUUUCGCCAUUUUCGAGGUUUGACUAAAAAUUGCAAAGAUACAUCAGAAAUACAGUCUUUAGAGAAGAAUUGAACCAUUUUCACUGAAUUGAAAAAACUUUAUACAUUAAUACAGUAAACAGUCACCUACUGUUUUAGUUAUGUUGAGCCUAGUCUCUGUGUUAAUGAGUUUACAUGUUCUCUGUUUCUUCGACUAUUGAUCUGACAGUCAAUGUAGUUUUGUGAAAAUGUUCAGUUAUUUCUGUUAUAAUGGAAGAGCAUUUUUUUUACUAAUUAAAGAAACACCUUACAGUUUUUACAGUAAUAUGGAAAGUACAUUGAAAUAAAACUUGCAGAAAACAAGGGAUGGAGGGUUAAUCUUAAUUACUGGGAUGAAUCAGACAAUGACAGAAAUUAAUCCUCAAUAUAGGCUGUGUUUUAGACACAGGUAUAUAUAUACCAAAUAUAUGAUACGCAUCUAACUUGCCAGGUCUGUUGUAAGAUAUACAAAGUGAACAUUUGUUUAAGAUACCAUAGAAAUUGUGUACUUAUGUAAUGAUAAAAUGUUAUCUGGUAUAUACGAUAUAGAGUGUAACAUGUAAGUACAUAAUAUAAUAUUACUACUGACGUAUCUUGCUUUUAAGUCUCCUGAUGCAAAAGUUCAGGAUGACCUAUAGCCGUUGUGUUUUGUGAGCCGCUGAUCGCUGUGUGACAUCUGCCGUACGUAAACUUUUCAGAUGACCAGCUUCUUCUUAAAGGAUAAUGAUUUAGAUGAAACUUGUCGGAGACAAUCCUCUGAUGAUCCCAAUCAAAACUUGGUUAAAAAAUCCAUGAUUGGAACUCUUUAUUACAUUCUCAUAUUGUCAUUGAGCAAAAUCUCAGUUGAUAUAAACUAUCUAUAUUCUUAACAGUCCGAAAUUUAAAAAAAAAAUAGCUACCAUAUUUGGAGGAGGGAUUUAGGCAUUUGAGGCAUUUAACAAUCAUCUGUUUUAGAAUUUACUGGUUUAUCUAAAACAGAUUCAACAAUGCACUGCUAAAAAAGGAAUUUGAUAUGUUGUACUAUUUUUCUCCUAAUGAUACUGCUCUGCAGUAAGCUACAAUACAAUCACAUGACCACUAAGCCCAGAAGGCGUCGUCUUUUGCAGAAAUUAUAUUUAUUUAUAUAAGAGCAUAAUAUGAGUAAUAUUAACGUGUACUUAAUGUAUAUUUUGUUGUUUAUUUCAGUAUAUAUGAAUCACCAAUUAAAUGUAGUGAACAAGAAUACAAAUUUUAAUUUUUCAGCAGAUUUCAAAGUUUUAGAAAUCAUUUUUUGAAAUACAGAUGUACAUUUUGUAAAACUGAACUUGUUAAAGUUCAAUGGUGAGAUUACAUAUUUAUUACAAAUUUUGUUUUCAUGUAAUAAAUCUAUAAGAUAGUUCAUGCUUUGUACUUACAAGGCUGAAGUCUUUUCUUCUCAACAGAUCAUAGAAAUUUUUGUGAUGGGGGGAAAAAGUGCAAAAACUUUUAUCUAUGAAACAGCCAUAAUAUUAUUAUUGAAGUUGUGAUUGCUUUGUCGCCCUACCAGACAGGAAAACCAGAUGUGUGUUUCAAUAUUUCAAAAUGCCUUUUCUUUACUUAAUCAAUUGAAUUAUCACAACCUCAUAUUCAGUGCAAUAUCUAUUAAUAACUAUUAUGAUCAUUAGUAUAUAGUAAAAAACAUAAUAUUAUGGUAUACAGUAGUAUAUAUUAUAUAUCUAAACAGAGUGCUCAAACAAAAGUGACAUAUAUGUUUCUCACCCUGGGAUAUAGAUGUGACAGUUUUGCUUGUGAUUGGCUUUAUUUUGUUUUUAUUUGACAGUGAUCACACCGUGCAUUAUCAAUGACCAGGCUCUGUUAGAAUAUGCAAGCUGAUGUUGUGCCAUACUAUUUAAGACAGAUAUAAGGAGAGGCUUAAGUAAGCCAGAACUCCUUCACAUAUGCCAAUUCUCUCAUCCUAUACAUUUUAUAUACGUGUUAGGUAGCAUUUACUUUCUAAUACAAAAUGUUCUCUUCCAUUAAAAUGUUUCAGUUUAUGUUA